AUGGAUGCAGGUAUCAUUCAAAACUUCAAAGCAAACUAUAAGCAAGCACACUGUGAGCAAGCACUGGAUCAGGAGAUGGCAGGUGUGCUAGAUAUCUAUUGCAUCGAGCAGAAGGAAGCAAUGGGGUUGGCAUGGAUAGCCUGGGAGGAAGUCACAGUUGAAACAAUUGCCAACUGCUGGCAUCACACUUGGAUUGUCUCUCCUUGUGGUCCAGAUGGCUGCCUUCUACCAACUGAGGAACCUGCAGCACUGCCUGAAGACUAUGCAAAUGAUGACAAUCUCUGUGCAGCAGUGGAAUGGCUGCAUAUCUUGAUCCAAGAACUUCAAGACCAUGGUAUCCUCCCUGAAGCACACAGAAUGGAGGUCAAUGAAAUGCUCAGCUUUGCGGCAGAGGAGAACACAGCACAGGAGCUAACAGACAAGGAGAUCAUUGAGCAGGUGCAGGUACCAGAGGAGUCCGAGGCAGAAGAAGAAGAGGAAGAGGCACAUGUUGAGCCAGUAAUCAGCCAUCAUCAAGCACUUGAGUCAGUCAGAGCAUUGUCCCGCUACUUUUUGCAACGGGAAGAGCCAGAGUUUGCCCAAGCAUACUGGUUGUGCCCACCCAUGCUCUGUGCCAUCUGUCUCUCUGUUGUCAAGAACAUGCUCCAGACAUCCAUCACAGACUUCUUGUAG